UACCAAAUAACCUUAGAGUCAUGAAGAUCGUGUUGCUCUGUAUUAUCCUAAAUGUCUAUAUGGGAGAAUCGGUUGAUAUACUGUUUGAGAAAAAGAAAUUUGUGAGGGAACAGAAAUGUAUAUUCUUGGUGGAUCCAGGGCCAUGUCAUGCCCAAUUACAAGUCUAUGGAUUUGAUCCGUUUUCGAAUCUCUGCACUUUAUUCAUGUAUGGAGGCUGUGGAGGAAAUCCGAAUCGCUUCUCGGAUUACGCUCAAUGUGCAAACGAUUGUAUCGUUAAGCCGAAGGAAGACAAACCGAAUGACUACGAGGAGGAAACAGAACACGAGUACGGAGGAGAAGAAGAAGACUACAAUCAAGAGGAAGGCGAGCAAGAAGAAAGUGAAGAAAAGGAAACAGAACCCGACUAUAAAGAAGAAAGUGAGGAGAAAACAGAACUGGAAGUGGAUAAAGAGGCAAGUGCAGAGCAGGAAUAUGAAGAAACAGAAAACAACUCUGAAGAAACUGAAGGCGAAGAAGAGAAAGAGACAAAUGUAGAGGAAGAAAUUGAAGAAGAAGAAAACCACUCUGAAGAGAACGGUAAAGAAGAAACUCAAGAGGAAGUUGAUGAAAAGAAUAGUGAAGAGAAAGAAAGUAAAGAAGAAGAAAACAACUCUAAAGAGGGCAGUAAAAAAGAAUCUGAAGAAAAGACGAGUGGUGAAAAAGAGAGUAAAGAAAAAGAUUCUUCAAACGAAGGUGAAGAAUCAAGUGAAGAUGAAGAGAAUACAGAAGAUAAUGAGAUACCAGAAUAUCCAGAAUAUGAGGAAAAUAACGUGGAUGAUAUAGCGAGAACAAUUAAAAUAAGAAACGUUGCAGAAUACAUAAAGGAGAGAGGAAACGCUCUAAAGAAUACGAUACUUAAAAUAAUAAAAAAGGAAAUUGAUAAUGUAAAAAUAUAAACUGAUUUGAUAUAGAGGAAAAAACGAAGAAAAAAAUGAGAAACAAUUAACAGACUAGAUUAAUAGAUAAUAUAGAACAACAAAAACUGGAAAUAUUUAAGGUUUGAAAAAUAUAAAAAAAUAAACG